AUGGCACCACCAACUCCCAUUCUAACCUCAGAACAAGUUUCUAGGGAAAGAGAAAGGGUACAGAUUUUGAAGGAGAAAAACAAGUGUGAAUUAAAGUCGUUGACACAGCAUCUCUGCCAUGCUGAGGCACCUGGAGAAUAUAUCUGUGUACCAUUUAAAAGGGUUUUUGAAAAAUGUUUAGGACAUGCGUUAGAGGUCACCGAUGCAGAUACGAAUGAUAUACAAGGAUCUUAG